ACUCCUACAUUAGCUGUGCUGCAUUUAAACUGCACGGACCUCAAGGUCUUAUGGGUAUUGUUCUGUGAACAUGGCUCUCAUGGAAGCACUUCUUCAGGUUUCCACCACGGGAACGUUAAUCUGCUGCUUGCUUCUGCUCUUUGCUGUUUAUGUGCUGUUCUUCAGGUCUCAGAGAGAUGAAAACGAACCUCCAGGGCCAAAACCGUUGCCACUUUUGGGAAAUCUGCUAAUGUUAGAUGUCAGCAAACCACACUUGAGCCUGUGUGAGAUGGCAAAGCAGUUUGGCCCAGUGUUCACGGUCUACUUUGGUCCAAAAAAAGUGGUUGUGCUAGCUGGCUACAAAACAGUGAAGCAAGCCCUGGUUCAUCAUGCAGAUGAAUUUGGAGACAGAGAAAUCAUGCCAAUGUUCCAUGAUUUCACUAAAGGUCAUGGUAUUAUAUUUGCCAAUGGAGAGAGUUGGAGAGAACUGAGGCGGUUCGCUCUCACCAAUUUACGAGACUUCGGGAUGGGAAAGAAAAAAAUUGAGGAGAAAAUAAUAGAGGAAACAUGCCAUUUACAAGAGGAAUUUGAGAAGUUUGCAGGAAGACCUUUUGAAACCACACAGCUGAUGAACUACGCUGCAUCAAGUGUCAUCUCUUCCAUUGUGUAUGGAAGCAGGUUUGAGUAUACAGACCCUCAACUACGAAACAUGGUAGAUCGAGCCAAUGAGAGCAUCAGGCUGAGCGGAACGGCAUCUGUGCAGCUCUACAACAUGUUCCCUUUUUUGGGCCCGUGCCUCAAGAAUUGGAGACUGCUCAUGAAAAACCUAGCACUUGAUAUCAAAGAGGUUUCAGAGCUGGUGAGCAGUUCACGUCAAACGCUGAACCUACAGGACCUAAGAGGCUUUGUGGAUUCCUUCCUCGUCCGUAUGCAGAAUGCAGAGGAAUCUGGAGAGAAGAACUCGCUUUUCAACCAGCAGAACCUCAUUUUCUCAGUCGGCAACUUGUUUGCCGCUGGUACGGACACUACCAGUACAACGCUGCGCUGGAGCUUGCUGCUUAUGGCCAAAUAUCCACACGUACAGGAUGGAGUUCAGGAGGAGAUUGACCGGGUGAUCGGUGGACGGCAACCGAUAACAGAAGACAGGAAGAACUUACCGUAUACAGACGCUGUGAUUCACGAAAUCCAAAGACUGGCAAACAUUGCACCCAUGAGUAUCCCUCAUAUGACCAGCUGUGAUGUUCACUUCAAUGGUUACUUCAUUAAGAAGGGCACGUGUGUAUUUCCUCUUCUAACGUCUGUACUUUGGGAUGAGGAUGAAUGGGAGACGCCCCACACUUUCAACCCUAAACAUUUCCUGGAUGAGCACGGUCGAUUUGUGAAGAGAGACGCCUUCAUGCCCUUCUCUGCAGGCCGCAGGGUUUGUCUUGGAGAGAGUUUGGCGAGAAUGGAGCUCUUCCUGUUCUUCACGUCCCUUCUUCAGCGUUUCCGCUUCGCUCCUCCUCCUGGAGUGUCUGAGGAUGAUCUGGAUCUCACUCCAUCGAUAGGCUUCAUCUUGUACCCAGCCCCACACAAACUGUGCGCCAUCAAGCGAUUGUGAAAUAUGUGAAAUUGUACAGUAAACAUAAUAUUAUGAGGUUUGAAUCUCCGUUUUAAGUACUGCAUCAUAUAAUUAACACAAACCAUCAAUGUAUUAAUCAACUCAAGUAUGCCAAUGGUUUCUUUUUCUGCAUAAUUAUUUAAAUCCAUGUAUGUGGUAACUGCAAGUUGUCUGCUCCAGUAUUAUUAAGACCUUGGCAUGUCUUGCACAUCUAUGUAUUUGCAUUAAAAUAAUUUUACAUUUAUUAAUAAACA